AUGGGACGAGCAUUUUCGAGGCGUCCUCAACCGCCCCUCCAUCGCCUCCGACGCCGCCAUCGCCCGUUUGCCGCAAUUGGAGACCAACUCAGACCUAGACCUCCUGUCCUCUCCCCAGGAAACCAGCAGGGCCGAGCAGCAGCUCUCCAGCGGGAAGGACCGGACGCGAUCCCUGCUGAGAACUACAGGCACGGUGGCCUCCAACUCAUGGAGCAUUCGACGUCGCUCUUCCAGGAGAUGUGGCGUCAAGGCGACGUCUCACAAGAUUUCAAAGAUGCCACUAUCGUUCAUCCAUGGGAGCGGAAAGGAAACCGCCAGCUCUGCGACAAUCAUCGAGACAUCUCCUUACUAAACAUCAUCGGGAAAAUCUUUGCUCGCAUCCUCCUCAACCGCCUGAAUAAUCACCUAGAACAGGGCCUUCUACCCGGAAAGCCAGUAAGGCUUCCGCCGUCAUCGCGGGACCACGGAUAUGAUCUUUACCGCCCGUCAACUUCAGGAGAUGUGCCAGGAGAUGCGGACCCACCUGUACUCUACCUUCCUGGACCUGACGAUAGCCUUCGACACGGUGAAUCAUUAAGGGCUAUUGAAGAUCAUGCGGAAAUUCGGCUGCCCCGAGCGAUUCAUUUAGAUGAUGCGUCAGCUCCACGACGGUAA